AUGGGGCACAAAGAAUUUAUCACAAAAUGCGCAAAGGCUAACAUUGGAACAAAUAAUAGUUUUAACCUAUAUGCAGAAAUGGUGGUUGGAGUUCAACAUGUUGGUGCAACUGCUGUGGAUUUCAAAAAUCACAAGAGAGAAAUAUUGGCAUACAUAAAAGGGCGAGAUGCCCAAUUGGUCAUUGAGAAAUGCCUCAACAGGAAGGAGAUUUUGCCACAGUUUUACUUUGAGUAUGCAGUAGACGAGAAGGAGCGGUUGAGCCGUGUAUUCUGGACCGACGAAUAUGGGCGCAAAAGCUUUGACCUCUUUGGAGAUGCAAUGGCAUUUGAUGCAACAUACAAAACAAAUAUAUACGGUAACUUUAAAGUGUACAACCUCGUAUUCGUGCCAUUCACCGGCGUAGACAAUCACAAAAAGUCGACUACAUUUGCUUGGGGCCUAAUUGCAAACGAAGAUAUUGAGUCAUACACAUGGCUACUAGCAAAUUUCAAGCUUGCUAUGGGUAGAGAACCAAUAUGUACCACUACAGACCAAGACGCAUCCAUGAAAGUUGCAGUUGCACGUGUGUUCCCCACAACACGUCAUCGUUACUGCAUGUGGCAUAUCAUGUCUAAGGUGAGCGAAAAAGCGGGGAGUGAGUUGGCAAAAAAAGACGGAUUCAGAAGACGUUUAAAUGGAAUUGUGUGGAACGAAAAUGCAUCCAUAGAGGAAUUUGAGACGGAUUGGCGUGCAUUUACACAAGAGCACGGACUUGAUGAGCACAGAUGGUUCAGUUUGUUGUUCGAACAGCGUGCAUCUUGGAUACCUGCAUACUUCCGAGAUGUUUAUAUGGGAGGCUUACUACGAACCACUUCUCGAGCAGAGUCUCAAAACCAUGUGUUUCGAAGUUGCACUAGUAAACAUUCUAACCUCAUGGAAUUGCUUGAUAAAAUUGAAGGUGCAAUAGGCAAACAAAGACAUAAACAAACAGAGUUAAAUGCUGCAUGUGACGGAUAUGCACCUACCUUAAAAACACCAUUAAACUUGGAAAGACAAGCAGCAGAAGCUUACACAAUAAAUAUAUUCUACGAGGUGCAAAGAGAAAUAUGUGGGAGUUGUUUUGCGUGUAAAGUUGGUGAAUGCACAGACAUGGGAGGACUGGUGCAAUAUAUGGUGGAAGAUGGUAGUGACAGGAGACAAAUGGUGGAGUUGGACAUCAACCAAGGCACAAUAGAGUGCACAUGCCGAAUGUAUACACGAAUUGGCUUGCUUUGUAGGCAUAUGUAUGCGGCUUUAAAACAUGCAGGAAUUGAUCAAGUCCCCACCGAAUACAUUAAGACGCGUUGGACCCGUAAUGCACGCAUAAAAAUUGGGGCAAAUGUGGAGACUGCAAGAGAUGAAGAAAGUGCACAUGAGGAAGCUAAAGUUAGGAAAACAUUCUUGAAUUGCAUCUGCUUGGCAAAGGGAAGGACGGAUAGACUACAGCAGCUUGCACAGAUCCUAAAUGAGAAAGAAAAAAGUUUCAUCAAUGAAGACACAAUGCAAAAGGAUUUGGUUGAGCAAAGCAACCCCCCUCAAGAGUUCUACGAUCGUGGAGGACCUUCCACGACAACAAUACACUGUCCCAAAGUGGCCAAGAAUAAGGGAUCAGGUAAGCGUCUGAAAUCAGUUAAAGAGAUUGCGGUAGAGAAGACAGCAAAACAGAGAGCGCGCAUGCGGGACGUGUGGCAAAAGUGA